AUGUCUUGCAGUUCACCACUAGAUCGAUUCGACAAAUUCCCACUCCUUCCACCAGAACUUCGGUCAAACAUCUGGAGACUCAAUAAUCUGAACCCUUCAUUGGAUAACGUGAUAGAAUUCACGUUUGUGAGGAAAGAAUACGGCGAUCUGGAGCGAGCAGCCGCAAGGCGGCUCUUGACGUUCAUUUCUCGAGAAGCCCACGAAUCCCACCAAAAGCCAGGCCAAAUUCCUACGAUUCUACGCCCCAAACCCGACUUAAAGUAUCCGAGUUUUGAACUUCCUGCCAUACCCCUUGAUCCAAGUGAUGAUGUAAUCUACACUAAGAGUCUCUCUGACGCCUGGCAUUUUGUGAGCUAUUAUCCAGUCUCCGGCAUAAAGCGUUUCGCUCUACGAGAUGACUUUAAGAAAUCUUGGAUGUUUCAUCGGGCCUCCGCUAUUCGAGCCUUCGUUCUAACCGCAGAGGAGAUCAUCAUUGUGGACACCUUGGAUACCUCCCAGGCUAAUAUGGACGAUUUCAUCAAGGACCUUAAGGCCACCUGUCAGAAUGGGCUCCCGAGCAAAAAAAUUCUUGGGGAGAUCAACCUGCGGGUGUGGAAGGGCACUACAAACGAAAAGGGCGAGAUCUGCUCACUUGUUGACACUGGAAGAUUAGAGAAAUAG